AUGCGUUUCACGUCGCUUGUUACCCUCCUUCCUGCCCUGGCCCUGGCCCAGGAGCAAGUUCCCCUCGCCGACCGUGUGCAGGGAUGGUUCAACCAGGUCAAGUCCUAUGUGCCUACAGCCGCCCCGGUUGCUCCGGUCGAGAAGCUGGCCGAGAAGGUCACCGAGCAGCGCGUCACCCCAGUCACCCUCAACAACUGGCAGUCCAUCCUCACCCCCGGCCCCAAGGAAGAGGACUGGCUGAUCUUCACCACCGGUGGUAACAAGACCUGCUUUGGUCGCUGCGAGCGCGCCGAGAAGGCCUUCAACGAAUCCGUCCUUCUGUUCUCUGCCAACCCUACCUCUCCUCACCUCGCCUACCUGGACUGCGAGGCCAACCAGGUCCUUUGCGCCAUCUGGUCUGCCAGUGCUCCUGCCGUCUACUACUACCAGGUUCCCCAGGAGCGUCCCGCCGGCGAGGAGCGCGCCCCUACUCCCCUCCGCGCUAUCCACCUGAACGCCACCACCGUUACCCCCGAGGUUAUCUACAAUAUCCACGGAAAGAAGACCUACGAGGAGUCCCCCCUUUACGAGGGUGCUUUCCACCCCGUUGACGGCUGGCUCGCCCAGUACCAGCUUAACGUUGUCAUUGGCUACGCUAUCUGGGCUCUCGGUGCUGUCCCCAGCUGGUUGUUCAUGAUUGGCAUCAGUUUCUUCAGCCGUACCAUGAUGAGCCGCCGCGCGGGCCCUACUGGAAACGCCCCCGCUCGUGCUGCCCCCGCCGGUAGCGCGAACUAG